UCAUGAUCCUGUUAAAGAGGGAGUUCCAGGAUUUGACCCAGCAACAUUGAAGAAGCAGGGACAUACAUCCAGUUCAGAACAGGGACAGAGAUGGAGGGGAACUUGCAGGUCAUGGUGUCCCUACGUACCUACUGCCCUUGCUCGUCAGAUGGUCAUGGUUAUGCAUUCCAAAGGUUUAAAACAAUUGUCUUGUGGGACAUGCUGUCACGAGCAUUUAUUGUCGGUCUCUAGUGGUCCUCAAAAAGCUGCGGGAUUGAGGAAGAUGGAUCUUGAGAACGGGUCUGCUCCCGGAGCCGAGCAGGACCCGGCUGCUGCUUUCCUGGAGCAGCAUCACCAAGAGAUCGAAGGGAUCGAGAGGGAACAGGAGGCCGGUGAGAUCCCGGGCAGUGAGGCAGUGCAGAGCCAAGGGCUGGCUACAGGAGAGUUAAUUGGUGAAGUGGAUGCUGUUAAUGGUGAUCCGUGUCAGGAGAAUGGUGCUGAUGCAUGUUCGGUCAUUUCACAAGCUGAUCAAUUACACCAGGAACCAGAUAGUAUACGCAAAUGGAGAGAAGAACAAAUAAAGCAUCUAGCGGAGUUGGAUGCCCACUCUCGUGAAGCAGAACUAGAAUGGAGAGAGAAAGCAAAGAAAGAUUUGGAAGAUUGGUAUAUACAACAAGCAGAGCACCUCGAAGAAAUGAAAACUAAUAACAGGUCAGCUGAAGACCCAGAUGUGAGUGACAGUCAAGAGGUUGUUGUGGGCUCUGAGUGGGAGCAUGUGUUACACCUUUGUGAUUUGAGCUCCAAGACCAGCAAAGUGUCCAAAGAUGUGUCACGGAUGCGAUCUGUUCUCAUGUCACUUAGCCAAGUGCCACUGACUCUAAAGUGAAGCCAAAACAGCCAGGCUGGCAUUCAUUAAGUUCUAAUCAGCGAAAUAUUACGUUCCAUUUCUGAAUUGUGUGGGAUGUUUUGCUAGUGUUGACAUUUGCUGCCUGUGGUUCCUUCCUCCUUCCAAGUUGAAACUGUUUUCAAAGAGGAACAUGUCUCAGAGAUGAGCUCUGACAGAGUCGAUUAAAUUGUGUAUUGCUAUUUGCUUUGUGUAAAUUAA